AUGUCGCCAAUCGACCAGACAAGCCAAGGGCGGCUUCCGAAACGAUCUCGGCCAAACGAUGUAGGCUCCGACAGUGUGGUGCAGAACAAGAGAGAAGGAGUGAAGCGGCGUCGCACAUCUGGGGUUGAAAAUGGGGUUGAAGAGGAUUCGAGAUCAUCCAAGGCGUCAAAGGAGUCGGGAAACACCAACAACCGCGAUAUGAUCGUCGCCUCAAAUGAGACUUCUCUACACAAGACUGAGGAAAAACCAGCUUCACUAUCUGAGUCUUGGUCUUUACUACGGGGUAUUGCCGGACAGUUCAGUAAUCUGGAUCCCACUUUCUCAUUUGACGAGCAAUAUCUCCUUCUCGGUCUCGAGGAGGCUGUUCACGUUUACUCAAUUGCAACCUCUCGUCUCUUCCGUGCGUUAGAAAUAGCCCCCGGUGAUAGCAUCAUUGGGUAUCGGCUUUCCCCAGUAAACCAAGAGCGUCUCUAUAUCUUCACCUUGUCUGGUUCCGUGAGCGAGUGGGAUUGGCCAUCGGGAAAACAAGUUGCGCAUUGGCACACGUACCACAAGACAAUUUCCGCCGACCUUGUUUACGGCGAUGCUGCAAGCGAUACAACCGGCUCUUAUGCUACGCUAUUUUCUCUUCGGGAGCGCAAAGAUGGGAAGAAAGAGCUGGUGAUUACGCCUCUAAACAGCGAGAAUCCCCAAAGUACUGCCAUCCUAGAAACCAAUACGAAAAUCGUAAGCUUCAGGGUUGCGGCAGAUGGACAAGCGGUCUUUGCAUAUGGUGGAUCCCACGCGUUUUUCGGCUGCGUAACCUCCAAUCAAGGCUCUGGAUCAUUACAGUACACAUGGAGGGAGGUUAAACUGCCGUUUAGCAUUACCUGCGUCGACAUAAAGCAAGACGGGACGCCAAAGCAAUCCAAGGCACCUGGCACACUCAAUAGGAAAGCUCUGGAGUUUGAUCUCGCCGUUGGAGGCGCGGAUGGCUCGAUCUUAAUUUAUCAUAAUGCCCUAGGUUUCCUCGGGAUUGGAAGCGGCCGCGAAGGGGACAAGAGUCUAGCACCCAGGCGCUUGCAUUGGCAUAGAGAUCCAGUGAGAUCAGUCCGUUGGUCAAAGGAUGGAAACUACGUUAUAUCGGGUGGUAACGAGUCAGUAAUGGUGUUGUGGCAAUUAGAUACAGGCAGGAAGCAAUUUCUUCCGCAUCUGUCAUCUCCAAUUUCCAGUAUUGUCGUUUCGGGAAGCGGAAAUGCGUAUGCCGUUAAACUCUCCGACAACCGAAUUGUCGUUUUGUCCGCAAGAGAAUUACAGCCCCUAGCCACGAUAACCGGCCUUCAACUGUGCCCUAGAGUCGCCAAGUUCACCGAUCAACCAGUAUCGAAGGCUUCUCCUUCCGCUGCAGCCGUGACCGCCAUCUUGCACCCGCAACACCCUGACCAGCUCCUCGUCACUGUGCCAGCUUCUCAUCAAAUCACCCAGGAUGGAAGUACAUUGACCAACUCCCCGGUCCUUCAAACAUACGACAUUCGCUCAAAUACUCAUAUCUCACGUCAAGCACUCGCACGCACCAAUGUGACAACGCUGAAUAUUAGUCCCGAUGGUGCUCAGAUUCUUCCCCCAGAUGUGAAAUAUCUGGAGGUCUCUCAGGACGGAAAAUGGAUGGCUACAAUUGACAGCUGGGGUCCAUAUCCUCAGGAUGUGGAAGCUCUUGGCCUUGAAAUUACAGGAAAUACUGGUGCUCGCCUAGAUUUUGAAGAAAUUCACCUUAAAUUUUGGCGUUGGAGUGACUCAUCCGGCCUCUGGCAGUUGAUUACUCGUAUUGAUGGGCCACACUCCUCAGACGAGGGUUCUGCCUCUGUUCUAGACCUUGUUUCGCGUCCCAAUAGUCACGAAUACGCGACAAUCGGAUCAGAUGCCCUGUUGCGAUUCUGGCGCCCGGUCGUUAGAUCUCGCGGUGGGUUGCAGUUAGAUAAUGUUGAUCAACUACCGGAAACCUGGAAAUGCCGAAAUACGCUCAACCUGAAGGGAUAUAUUGGAGGCUGCAGUUCCAAUGCUUUGAAGUCGGCGUCAAUUUGUUUCUCUCAGGACGGGUCGGUGCUUGCUGUCUGUGUACAGUCGACCUCUACGAACCCCGGCCUGGUCGUCCUUAUUGACGUACAGAGCUGCAGCGUUAGGUACAGCAGGAUAGGAGUCUAUUCUGGAGAAAUUUGUGACUCGUCGUUCGUAGGCUGCCAGCUUGUCAUUGCUACAAAGCAGUCGGUCUUCAUUUGGGAUACAGUUAAUGACGUUGUGAGGAUCAUCGACUUGCAGGGCGCCAACUCCUCCCUGGGUGGUCAUGAUACGCGCUUGCUCUGUGUGAACCCCAAAACGCAGACCUUUGCCAUUACUGCGCGACAGUUGCGAGGGAAGGCUAGCUCGAAGAAAGCUCGCAAGUCCCGGGUCACGGUACAGGUGUAUGAUGUUCACACCUUGUCAUUGCUUUCUCAAUCCAUUCUGACCAAGGAGCCCGUUGCGUUGCUUUCCAAUAUACAUUCUGCCGAGUAUGUGAUCCUGGAUGCGGCAGCCAAUGUUCAGCGACUUGGUUGCAUGGGCAAGGCCGCUCAGGUUAGCAACCCUGACGACUCAGCGCUGGUGAAAUACCCCGACGCCGGGCUGGGAAGUUUAUUCGGACGCCCGAGUAUUGGUAAUGCGAAUACACCCUCAACGCUCGCUAUCACCGGUUUCAAUUCCCGGUCGUCCGAAAGCGUUGGACUGGCUGGUGUCUUUGGUGAUACGCCUCCUUUUGCCCUACCUCCCUCUCGUGUUGUUUUCCGUGACCUCGUCAAGGCGCUCUCUGUGUAG